AUGGCACUGUCACAACAUCCAGGGUUAUCAGAGGAAGAUGUGGAGGCAGCAGAAGUUUUAGAUGUGUUGCGAAAUUCACAUGGGCAAAGAGACCAACCAAAGAUAGAGCCACUAAAUGCGAAAGGGGAUACAAGAAGUGUCAAUCUAGAAUCAUCCUCGCCACAAACACAAUACUCUCUGCUGGAUAGAGUAAGGAAGAACCCUGUGAUCAAUAACGUAGUCUCACUGUAUGAGAUGAACAGUAAGAAAAGAGCUGCAUCUGCUGAGAGUGCAGACGAAGGAGACCAGGAUUCGAAUGAAGCAGUAACUGCGGAUGACUGCAAUCUCUACGACGAGGGUGAAGAACAGUAUGCGCAUGAUGUAGGAAUUUCAAAGAGACAAAAGCUAACAAAGGCCAUUGCUAAGAGUAAAGGUAAUUUGAAAGAGUACCAAUUGAACAUGUCUAUUGGAUCUAAAAAGAGACUGAUAGCAUGUCUACAUCUGCUCAAGCUGGCUAAUAAGCAACUGACGAAUAGGGUCUCAUAUCUACAACAACAAGUGGAAAUUGAACGAGAGAAUAAAAAGACUACAAGAAGGAGUAAAAUGCCCGAGAACGAAAACAACGGCGAUGAUGACGAAAGUGAUGAAGAGUUCUUCGAUGCAUCGGAAUCUGUCGAUGAUCAGUCGACUGUUAUCAAGAUGGAGGUGGUUGGGACGGUCAAGAAGGUUUACUCCCUGAUAUCCAAAUUCGCAGGGAAUUCUCUUCCCGAGCCAGCACGGUCCCAAGUGCGUCAAACGCUGCUCAAUCUUCCCACAAAUUGGACAAUUAGUGUGAAUAAAUCGUCACUGUCACCGAAGACGCAUCGACGUCGCAGGCAACUAUCUGCCAACGGUAAAGUGCUAAUCCUCGCAGAGGAGUCUCUAACUGUGGUAAGAAACGUUAUGAACGUUGUGGACUGCACUCUCGGGAAGGCCGAAGAGUGGGUCAAGCAGAAACAAGAAGUCAAAGAACUGCUGAAGGAGAGGUUCAUUCACCAACAGUUGAAAAAACAAAUUAGAGAGCAGUUGGAAAGGGAGAUACACGAAGCGGAAAAAUGA